AUGCCUAAAGCUAAUCCACCCCCUGGGGGCCGACUCCGCUGCAGACGCGCCUGCGAUAGUUGCAAGCGGAGGAAACAAAAAUGCAACGGAGAACAGCCAUGCACGAUCUGCAUCCAACGGCGCAAAGAAUCCGAGUGUCACUUCUCCGACAAACCGGCGAGACUGCUCAAACCGAAUAGCAGCAGCUCCAAGGACACCAUGCUUCUCAGCGAACGGUUAGUCCCGACCCCACAGCGUCAGACCGCCAUGGACCGACUCUUGAACUCGCUCGAAGACCGGAGUGCCAAUAUGGAACAACAGGCUACGGAUGACAAGGAUGGAACAGCGCCUGUGCCCAAGGUGGCUAGGUUACUGCGUGAUGGACAAGGCAAAUUCAUGUACGUUGGCGACUCCGCCAGCUUGUCUUUCCUACAGAGUGUGCGGAGGAUCGUAUCGACUUCGAUCGGCAGAUGCGAGUUCACGGAGGACAACUCGCGACAUUCGAUGCUGGAGGCGUUCCAGAGUGGCUCUACAACACAAACAGGACCGUUGAUAUCGCCACCAAGCAAUGAAGAAGCUCAGAGGCUUGCGCGCCAGUUUGUGCUUGCUACAAGCCCGCUGUUGGAUCUGUUCGACCUCAACGAGUUUCACCCCCGGCUUGCAAAUUGGGUCGAGAAUCCGACUGGUGAUGAGGAUACUGUCAGCUCGAUAUUUUAUCUCGUGCUUGCGAUUGGCGCGCAGGUGUCUGAUAUCAAUCAAUCUCUGGCUGAGCAGUACUUCGUCAGCGGCCGUCAGUUAGCGUUUUCUGCUUUCACGGAGACCCCGAGUAUAUAUACAAUCCAGUCCUAUGUUUUGAUCUCGAUGUACAUGCUGGGAGCCUGUCGACGCAACGGAGCUUUCAUGAAUUUGGGAAUCGCGCUUCGUGCCGCGUAUGCGGUUGGAAUUCACCGGAAAGACGCGAAUGCGCUUUUCUGCACCCGGGAACGGCGGGCUCGAGAACGGGUGUGGAAGAGUCUUCGUAUGAUGGAUCUGUACCUUUGUGCCUCCUUAGGACGUCCUCCUGCGACACUAGACUUUGACUAUGAUCUGCGUGAAGAAGGGAUUUCGCCAGGGGAGCAACAGCGCCUUCACCCGGACGAGCAGUUGUCCAUGACGGUGAUCUCACUGUGCCGGAUCUUCGAACGUAUCCUGACCGAAGUCUAUAUGCGACAAGUCGUCUCGAUUAACGUCGCAGAAACCAUAUCGAAUCAACAUCGAGCUUGGGUGCGCAAUCUUCCGGUGUUUCUGCAGAUGCAGACUGAGCGGCUGGAUUCCAAGACGCUGGAAGGCACCUUGUCCGCUGCGCACAUCUUUGGUUCCUACUACUGGUCGAUUAUUCUCCUUACUCGGCCGUUCCUCAUCUUCCGAGUGUCCCAAUAUGUGCGGAAUAGGACUGAGACAACAGGAUCCUCCGACAGCAGGGCCAGCAACUCCCGCAUUGCCUUGUUUGCCGACGCAUGUGUUUACUCUGCCUUGCGCGGACUCAACAUCGUAGAUGAUCUUUCUCGCUACAAUACCCUGCCGCGCAGACUCCCAUUCCUUAUCAAUUCCGUCUUCAACUCGGCCGUGGUGUUGGGAGCCGCUUUCUUUGCCGACUACGACAAUUUGCUCCCGCUUGAGGAAGGCAUGGACAAGGCGGAGAAAUUUCUGGGCCUCUUCGUACCCCACGACCCACACGCAUGUCGCUUCUUCCAGAUCAUCAAGUAUCUCCGAGGCGCAGUGGCGGAGUAUGUUCGUCGACGGAACCGCCAUUGGAUGGAGCGCCGCAGCCGACAAGUUGACCAGCUCUUCGGCCAAGUCGGGCCCGCCAAAGAAACCCCCAUUGCCGAAACAAAUACCCCGAGCAGUCAUCGCGGAGAACCCCCCGCUGUACCAUCUCCUUUAUCCCCCGACAAACUCACCGGAGCUUCUGCUUCUCAGCCGCCCGACUUAACUACAAGCACCACUACCGCCACUGGCCCAACCGACAGUGACAUCUGGGAUACGCUCUAUGGCGCACAAGGCGCCGACACGCUACCAUACGACACCGCAAUUUCCACGCUCACCACAACCGGAAUUCCCAUCGGCUGUUCCCCAGGCGGUACCAUCCCUGCCGGUGGAAUGCCUCCGGAUGCUCCAGGGGCGCAAACGCCACUCUCGGAUGUGAUUCUCCCGGACAAUGGCCUGCUCUAUAUGGCCGAAGACCUUCCCGUAUUUGGGAUUUGGGGAGAUGCUUGA